GCCUCCCUGCCGGGGCUUCCCGCCUCGCCAGGCUCCUCUGUCGCCCGGGCCGGGCCGGGCCGGUCCCGGCCGAACGCGGGGCGGCCGACCCUCGCCGCGCUCCUAGAAACCAACGCCGCCUCCCCGGCUCCUCACCAUCUCCGGACGUGGAGGCUCAGAGCCCCUGAAUUACGUUUUCAGGGCCGGUCUCCGGGCCUCAGGCCUUUUUAUUCCAUCUGUGUCGGGAUCACUCCUCCGGGUCGCUCCAUCCCCCUUUCUUUCACUUCACGGGCGCGUCCGAGUGCGGGGCAUCUUGCUAACGGGAGAGGGAAGAAGCAUGGGGCUAGCAAGGGUCCUGACGCCUCGGGAGGAGGCUGGAAGACAUGCUGUCCUUCCGGACUCCUCAGCUUCUCCUGUGUAAUUAGCCGCCCAUUUGAAAAUUGGGCAGGGCUGGAGGCUGGAUGCUGUGUCACUGACUGGUCCUCAACAUACCAUGCCGAAGUAACAUGUUCCCAGCACUGGAGUCAGAGCUAAAGCAGGAGACUCUUCUUGAUCCCUAUGAAGAGUUUAUGUACCAUCACCUCCAGUACUAUGGCUACUUUAAAGCACAGAGAAGCAGUUUACCAAAUUCUGCUAAGAGUCAGCAUGUUUGGAAGAAUAGUGCUCGAUACCUGAUGAGCGGCUCUUUCAGGGACAGGGAUGACCUGUUACCAGACCCCCUGCAAAAGGAGAAGCUUCUUUAUUCCCUUAUGCUGAGUUCGCCACCUCUUAAGAGCAGACAGCCUCUUCAUGAUGAGUUUGGUGAAGUAAACCCACGUCUUCGAGAACCCCGAGAUCUUUUUGCCCUUUUCUCUGGCAGUGGGCCACUGCAGGCUCCAAGAUGGCCGAUAGAAUGUGAGGUCAUCAAAGAAAAUAUUCAUCAUAUUGAGUGGGUUCCACCUCUUCCAGAAUAUUUUUAUCAACCUACAGGAAAUGAAAAAGUCCCAGAAAUUGUCGGAGAAUCAAGAGGCACAAUUGUCUAUCAGUUAAAUUCAGUGCCAGCAGAAGGUGCCUAUUUCACCAACUCCAGAGUGGGGGGCAAACGAGGAACUAUCAAGGAACUCGCUGUCCCCUUGCAAGGACCAGAAGACAGUACUCUACUGUUUGAAUCAAGGUUUGAGAGUGGGAAUCUGCAAAAGGCUGUCCGAGUAGACACUUACGAAUACGAGCUCACUUUGCGAAACGACCUCUACACAAACAAACACACUCAGUGGUUCUAUUUUCGAGUUCAGAACACCAGAAAAGACGUCACCUAUCGCUUCACUAUUAUCAAUUUGCUAAAACCCAAGAGUCUGUACACUGUAGGGAUGAAACCACUCAUGUACUCCCAACUGGAUGCAAAAGCCCACAGCGUCGGCUGGAGGAGAGCAGGAAAUGAGAUCAAGUACUAUAAGAACCACAAGGAUGAUGGGCAGCAGCCUUUCUACUGUCUCACAUGGACCAUUCAAUUCCCACAUGAGCAAGACACUUGCUACUUUGCACACUUCUACCCGUACACAUACACUGACUUGCAGUGCUACCUCCUGUCAGUGGCAAACAACCCUGUUCAAUCGAAGUUCUGCAAACUUCGAACUCUGUGCCAGAGCCUCGCAGGAAAUACCGUCUACCUGCUCACCAUCACCAACCCAUCGCGGACCCCCCAAGAAGCAGCUGCAAAGAAAGCUGUGGUCUUGAGCGCCAGAGUCCACCCGGGGGAAAGUAAUGGCUCCUGGGUCAUGAAAGGGUUUUUGGACUUCAUCCUUAGCAACUCCCCAGAUGCCCAACUUCUCAGAGAUAUCUUUGUCUUCAAAGUGGUUCCCAUGUUAAAUCCAGAUGGAGUGAUUGUGGGCAAUUAUAGGUGUUCAUUGGCUGGAAGGGACUUGAACAGGCAUUAUAAGACCAUUCUGAAGGAGUCUUUCCCUUGCAUCUGGUACACCAGGAACAUGAUUAAGAGACUUCUUAAGGAAAGGGAGGUCCUCUUGUACUGCGACUUCCAUGGCCACAGCCGGAAGAAUAACAUCUUCCUGUACGGUUGUAAUAACAACGAUCGCAAGUACUGGCUGCAUGAGCGAGUCUUCCCUUUAAUGCUAAGCAAAAACGCACCGGAUAAGUUCUCUUUUCGGAGUUGUAAUUUUAAGGUCCAAAAGUGCAAAGAAGGAACAGGGCGCGUUGUGAUGUGGCGGAUGGGCAUCCUUAACAGCUACACCAUCGAGGCUACCUUUGGCGGGUCCACGCUGGGCAAUAAAAGAGACACUCACUUUACCACUGAGGAUCUCCAGUCCCUGGGUUAUCACGUCUGUGACACCCUCCUGGAUUUCUGCGAUCCUGACCGAACCAAGUUCAUGCAGUGUUUAGCAGAGCUUAAUGAGUUCUUACAACGGGAAAUCCAUAAGAAAUUAAGUGAACUUGGACAAGAUAUGGAUUUAGAAGGAAGUUGGAGUGAUAUCUCUUUGUCUGAUAUUGAAUCCAGCACCAGUGGUUCUGACAGCUCCCUCUCAGAUGGCCUCCCGAUUCACCUGCUGAACAUAGCUGAUGAGUUGAAUCAGAAGAAGAAGAUGUACAAGAAGAAAAGAAAGAAGCCACUUCAGACUAGGAAACAACGCAAUGUACAAUAUCAGAAAAAUAAUUUGAUGCAGAGGUUAAAGUUAUCGGAAGACACCCCGGAAAGGGCAGGGUUCGCUUCUACUCUGCAAAAGCAGCCUACCUUUUUCAGAAAUUCAGAGAAUGCCAGUUCUUCAACAGUGAAAUAUGAAAGACCAAGACUGAAUGAGUCACAGUUAAAUGGAAGAGAAAAAGGUACCUCCUUGGACCCAUCAAAAAUGACUGCCUUCAUUCUGACUGAGAAUAAAGAGAGUAUGCAGAGAGAGAAGCCAGGAUUUCCAUUAUCAUGUUCUCCAAAGAGAAACACGAACACCAGUCAAAAGCCAGCUCCAUCGAUGAAGCCAAACUGGUCCCGGCACAAAUAUCCGGUCACCAAGAGAGCCCGCGCUCCCACGGCCCAAUACCCGUCCUUGCACGUGUUCACCUACCCCUAGGCUGCUAGUCCCAUGCUCACAGGCCUUUCUGGGCGUGUCUGGGGUUCGAUGCAUUUGGGGGGCGUGUGUCCACUGGGCUCCAGUCUUACAAUGCGCUUACACAAGGGAUGCAGACCUCCUGAGUUUAUUUUUUCAUAAAAUGAAAAUUUACAAAAGCUUUAUAUAAUUGAAAUUGAAAGUUGUGCUCCAGAAAUUAUAGCACAGCUCUACCUCUUUUUGCUCAUUAGACAGUGUCAGUUUAUGAGCAAAUCAGUUUUAAAAGAUCAACUCGAAUUUAAACAUAUUCUGAGCAUGUCCUAUGUUAAAGUCUUUGGGGCCCAAGCUUUGUAAGGAGGAAUGGUGGCUCAGACUGUUGUGUAUCAGGUUUGCAGGGAUGGGGGUGGGGGGGCAAGGUGUUCCCACAAGGAGAAGACAAUUCAUAUAGCCAGAAUUUAAUGUUUGUAUGUUAUUAUGUUCAACUGGGUUAUGUACGUUUUUUAAACUAUUAAAAAUCUUUCUCUGUAACCAGUUGUUUCUUUUGAAGGUUUAACUGGAGAGUUAAAUGUACAGAUAGUUUCUAUUUUCUCUCCCCAUGAGCACAGUCUGCUGUCUCCAGGCUGUUCUGUCAGCCUACUAAGGUCCUGCUGAGGGAGAAAGGGACUUCCCCUUUCUCCCAGCACACUGGCGAGCAAGCUUCCUGCCUGCUAUUCAUGAGCGCUUUUAAGCUUUUCCAGCCAUCACCACUGACUGAUAAGAAC